UCAGAAUAGUGUAACCUGAGCACCAUAUAGUCUGUAGCAAUUCAGGUUGAUCAGUGUUUGCCUAUAAAUGUCAGAUUAAUGGAUAACACCAGUACUAACAGGCAAAUGAAUGGAAAUAAAGGUAGAAAGUUGAACCUUAAUGCGUUAGGGAUUAUCAGUAGGGCCAGACCAAAUAAAGAAAUAGUCUCAGGGUUUUAAUCUUUGGUGUAGAAACCUUUCUUGUUGAUAUAAUGGGCAUUAGGUGUAUACAUAUCAAUACCUACUGGGUGACAUAUUCGGCUUAUUGUACUUUAUACAAUAGCACCAGUAGAGUACAGCCUGGUAAUUGAUAGAGGUUUUAAGUUCUGUGAAGUUUGUAGGAAUUGUAUAAUAUUUCUUCCUUUUUGGAUAUAUACAUUAUUGUUUGUUGUUGAAUGUCCUUGUGGCAAGGAUCAUAGAUAUUGAAUGUGAUGAGUGCAUUUGUGUGGAAGGAUCUACAAGCUUGAUAUAAACACACCUGUGGAUUUAGGAGGAAACAAUUUGAGAUACCCAAAAUGUAUGCAGGUGAACCUCCCAGACCGUCUGACUCCCAACCGCAAAGCUGGAAUAUGAGUGGGGUACCCGGAAGUAUACAAGAUGAACAGGCGAUGUCCUUACACCAGAAAAAGUUAGACAAGGAGCGGAGGAGAAUUGAUGAACAGAACAGGAGAAAAAGGGCAACAAACAAUAUGGGCCUUCUCCAGCCCAACACUGAUAGUCGGCCAAAUUCAGGUGGUCAUCGCCGGCGCGGAGAGGAAACACGACCUUUGGUUAAAGAAUCAUCCAAACCGUCCACACCCACAAACUUUGAAUACCUCGGCCCUGCAGCUAACGACGACAUAGACGAUAUGGCCAGAUUGUCUCCUCAGGACCAGCGGACCAUGACCGUACUGAAUGUGACAACUGACAGCCACAGUGACGAUAGCGACAGUAUACCAGAGAUUGCCUCCCCUCUAGAAGGUAGCACUGGUAACACCAUGCCAGAACCAAUGCAGCCCAACAGGAAAAAGGACAAGGCCAAGAACUCCAAGAGCGCCGCUAAUUGGACUCUAUCCAACACAGGACAAAUACCCAAUUUUACCACCAAAAAGAAUAAAUCUCAGGAUAAUGUUAUUGCUGAGGGUCUAGAAAAUGAUGAUGAUGAGGCACCAGAUAUUCCAAUGCUUCAAGAUAAUGUAACUCCAAAGAAGUCAAAGAACAAGAAAGAGAAAAAACACAAAAAUGCCCAGCAAGCAGCCCUGGCCGCCGACCGAAGUACAGGAGACCGAGUGGAGCGAGCUGACCGCGGCGGGGACAGGGGUGGAAAUGUCAUGUCAAUGGGGCCAAAUCUAGGGGACGAUGAUUUGGAGGAUGUGGAUGAUAGCAGUGCCCCAAUUGUACCCCAACAAGUGGCACAGGGGAAAUCGGGGAGGAAUGGAAAGGAGGAUUAUAAUUCAGGCGGGAAUGAUUUAAGUGAUGAUGGAGAUGAGCUACAAGGGGCCAUGGGUCGAACUCUCACGCCAGACAUCACAGAGAACCUCGACGCCUUCGUGUUCAAACCCGCCCCACAGGGUCAGACCGUCAAAUGUCGCAUCACAAGGGACAAGAAGGGUGUGGACCGCGGGAUCUACCCAACCUACUAUCUACACGUAGAGAGGGAGGACGGCAAAAAGAUAUUUUUAUUAGCUGGAAGAAAACGGAAGAAGAGUAAGACAUCUAACUACCUGAUAUCUACCGACCCCACAGACUUGUCGCGCGGAGGUGAGGCCUACGUAGGAAAACUGCGGUCCAACUUACUGGGAACACACUUCACCCUGUUCGACAACGGAGACAACCCAAAACAAAACUAUGAAAAUGCAAGGAAGGAACUAAUUGGAGUUGUCUAUGAAACAAAUGUGCUGGGAUUUAAGGGCCCAAGAAAGAUGACCAUUAUUAUCCCGGGGAUGAACCUUGACCACGAGAGAGUGGACAUUAAACCGCGAUCAGAUAAUGAUGGCCUGAUAGACCGCUGGAAGAGGAAGAACAUGGAGAACAUUCUCGAGUUACAUAAUAAAACUCCUGUUUGGAAUGACGAAACACAAUCCUAUGUGUUGAAUUUUCAUGGACGGGUAACACAAGCAUCAGUGAAAAAUUUCCAAAUUGUCCACGACAAUGAUGUGGACUACAUUGUGAUGCAGUUUGGCCGUGUGGCAGAAGAUGUGUUUACUUUGGAUUUUAACUACCCCCUGUGUGCAGUACAGGCCUUCGGCAUAGCCCUGUCCAGUUUUGACAGUAAAUUAGCAUGCGAGUGAUACCAAGCUUGUAAAACCACAUGUUGUUCAGUUGCAAAUAUGUGAUAUUUAACUGAAUUCAUCACAGUCCCUCAUAGCUCAAAAUCACUACAUGUGAUGCCAGAUUUAAAUUGACAAGGUCAGCCCUUUGACACGAAAUGAAGAGUAGUAGCAAUGUAAGGGAGAUAAUCUGUAGGAAAUCUCUCUCUCUCCGGUUACCGUAAGUAAUACUGAGGCAGGAGAUCAAUCAACUGCCUAUAGUUGACAAGCAUAUAUACCGUUUUGAAGAUGAUCGUGUCUGGAGAUUCACAGCAUCAGGAUUUAUAUGCUUUAGUUAUGAGUUAAAUACUUUUUUGACAUCAUUAACAUGAAAGAUAGAAAUAUACAUUUUUGUAGACAGAAGUCUGAUCACUUAAGUCCUUACAUACAAUCUUUGUACUUCUCAUUUGGUGGUUUUUAGGUUGAAUAUAACAAAUAGAAAAAAAAAAUGGUCAGAUGAACAUUUUUAUUGUUGUUUUUUAACAGAUACAGUUAAGACACCUGCUGAAAAUAACACAUUUAGUUUUGUUUUGUAAGCAUUAGAUCUAUUAUGACUUCAUCUUUGAGAACGAUCGUUAUAACAUGUCUAUAUAUGAAAAGCUUUAUAAUUCAGGUAUAUAUGGACAAAUCUGUCACAAAAUUGUACAUACAGGUACUCAUGACUACAUCAACUACAGUAUAAACAAACACGGUAUCUGGUUCUCUGAAAUACUUUAAUUGCAGGAAUAGUUUUAUGAAUCCAGAAAGUUCAUCGCUGUAGUCAGAAAUUUUAAUUUUGAUAUGAACACCAAAGAUUUUCCUGAAUGAAAUGUAUGCAGAGGAUGAAAUAUUCUUUUCAUUUUGUGUCAGCAAAAAGAUUAAGAUUUAUUUUGGGAGUCAAGGGUUGAUGUAAGGUUUCGUGUGAUGUUAAGGUGUGCCUGUUGUUAUACCAUGUCGUUUGAUGGGUUUCGAAGUAGAUUGGUUGUCAUUGUGGGAAAUCUGUGACAUUUCCGUGUGACAUGAUUCUCUGGCGUCUGUAGACGGAGACCUAUUUUUAACUGGCCUAUGUAGCCAUUUUAAUAUCCCAUCAUCAUCAUCACUUGAAAUCUUUUUAAUUAAUAUGACGGAUUUUACACAAUAUUCAUAUAUUGUUAACAUGUACCUGAAUUAUUCAUAAUAUGAAACAUAUCACAUUGUUUUCUUGGAUGUGCUUUAAAGUUUGACGUAGAAACGCUACCAAUUAGGAGAUGGUGUUAUACUUGUUUCACACAGAGAGAUUCAUCCAACCAGGGACACAGAUGUCUGUACAUAAUUCACUUACCUUCCCGUUGGACCAUGCAGGCAAAGUAAAUUACUUGCCAAAUGUACUGAAUUCAGAUUGUUGUUCUGUGUGAGAUCGUAGAACAAAGACAAGAAAAAUGUCCCAGGUGUGUUGACAUCAGGUUUUAGGCAUCAUUUACUGUUGCUGUUGAUAUAGGUACAUGUAGUGUCGGGGCUGUUUAAGGAAGGAUCUAGUACAAAUGGUAUCAAGUCGGACUUGUUAAGUGUGGAUUUUUUUCCGAUGUGCUGUAACAUUUAUCAUUUUAUUUUCAUACAGUGUAAUGUGAUCUAAACUGUGUUGAAAAUCAAUCCCCAUUAAUUCAACGAUUUUUUAAGCGUUUCACAUGAACCCUGCACAAUCCUGCCAACAGGUUUUAAACUAAAUGAUGUUUUUGUGAGCCAGAAUUCUCGUCCCACUUUCUGUCUGUGUUCUGCUGUCUUAUGCUAUUGAUGUAGGUUGAUUUUAUGAAGGUGAUGAUGACCAAUUUGCUAUUUUUAGUGAGAGGAGUCUGAUAGCAGUCAAACAUGUAUGUGUGUAUAUACUGAGUGGCUUUGAAUGGAACUUAAAGGCAUUAAAUCAGUCAUAUGAAGAUGUGGAGGUGAUAUCUGUAGCUAGGUCAUAGGUCAUCCAUCUGUAACAUAUUUUGUUCUGUAGGACCGAUAGUCAUAUUAUCUGUGAUGUCCACAUAAUGAGAGUGUUAAUUUAUAUUGUACAAUAACCAAUGAUAGAUUGUUGACUUUGGUUUUGAUAUAUGACCAGGGGCAGUUUGUGUUUAUAUAUGAUACUGCUAACAUCAAAGAAGUAAAUAUUAUAAAGAAAAAAAGGGUGUAUUUUCCCAAAAAUAUCAAAGCAAAUUUCAAGUAAGUUUUCACAAGUAAAAUGAAACCGAUGCUGUUGUGAAGACACAUUUCUGCUGUACCUUGUAAAUAAGGAAGGUUUUUCAUCCAUAAUUAAAGAAUGCCUUCUUUUGUUUAAUAAUAGGGUAAAUUCUCAGAGGUAAACCCAAUGUUUCAUAAUAUAACACAACUGUGAGAAUGGAGCUUGGUUUAAUAUCUAUUUAUGACCGAUGGGCAAGAGUGCAUUUUGUUUGAUAGUUGGUUGCUGCUUGGUUGUAAGAUAGGCUACUACAAAUGUAGGAUGCUCUUUGAAUCAUUAUUUCAUGUCAUUUGAUUGGUUGUCCAUGUCACAUGAUUUCAAUUAAAUAUUUUAAUUGUUUGUAGAUAUUGCAUGUGGGGAUGGGGAGAUGAGAAGAUACCCCUUAAGAUAGCAUUGACAUAUGGUCCAAUCAUUGUUUUGUGACCAGCUAGGUGAUAACUGCAAGCAUAAGGUUUAAUUAUGCGUUGACGAUGACCCACUUCUCCCCUGUUUUGUUGAUUUUGAAAUGAGAGGAAAUCAUCUUUAUAUUGUAACAAGUUGAAGUUUUACUUCAAGACCAGAUAUAAAUUUGCAAAACUUAUACAAUUUUUUAGUGUGGUUUUUUUCCGGAAAUGCAAUAUUGUAAAAUGUGAUAAUUUUAUUGUAUGUUUGUAUAUAAUUUUGUGCCUACCACUGUGUACGUUACAAAUGUUAAGUUGUGUAUGUACAAAUGUUUGUAGACUGCAUUGAUUUCCCUGACCACACUUUCAUUGACUUGUCAUAAUUAUAGUUGUUUGUAUUUUAUGAUCUUCACAAAUGCAUAUCAAGCUUUUGAUAUAAUUUUGAUCAGAAAUGUAAAGUGCUAAUAAUUUGUUUUAAUUUAUUAUUUGAUAUCAAUAACCAUUCACCAGCAAUUGUAAUAAAAUGGACAUACGGUAAAAUCUUUGAUGAGAUGCCCCUUAACCCUUUCACCACUGUAGACCAUAAUCGUCGCACCCAGAUAAAUGUAUGGAAGAGUCUACUAAAGUUACCUAGGGGUGAAAGGGUUAAAUGAAAUAACAUUGAUCCACACAAUUGAGAUAGUGUGCACAUGAAGAAAGUUCACUUUUGGAACACAUGUCUGUUUAACUGUGUAUGUACAUGGUAUGAUAACAAAUAUAAAGUUGUGUAUUUUAGGAGAACUGAUGUUAAGAGUAUAUUUGUCCCUUAUGUGGCUGUCCCUUUGGAAGCUGUAGAAGCCAUUAACAGGUACAGAAAGUACUACAUAAUGUAAUGCCUAACAUUAGGAAUUCCAUUUUUGACCAAAGAUUUCCAACACAUUGGUUUUCUGUGAUGAGAGUACCUAUACAUUGUUUUUUUUAACCUAUUGGCUUUGCCAACUGAAUCUAAUAGUAUGUGAGACGAAGGAUAAAAUGGUUGUAAGCUGAUCAACACUGUUGAAUGGUGUCCAUACCGGGUAUUUGAUUUUGUCAAUACAUUUUACAUGUUUGUGUAUUAUAUAAUAUUGAAAUCGAUAUAUGCAUGCAUACUAUAGGAGGUUUAUGGUAUAAGAUAUACAGUAUUUUGUACACAUAUUAAAUAUGUACAACACAAUAGUCAAGUUAGAAUUCCAUGCACAUCUUUCUUAUUUCAAUCUUUUUUAUUUCAUAAUCUUUUUCUUACUUAAAUUGCAGCGAGGGGAAUAUUUUUUCUGAAUUGAACAGAAUGGAAUAUCUAUAAAAUGAGUUGACAUCCUCUAGCUUUAUUUAGGGAUGCUAAAAAGUGAUACAAAAUUUGAAUUUUAUUCAUCUUGUCAUGAAAAGUCCAGAUUUUAAAUAAAAUGAUAUGGGUCGAAAAAUUGAAACAUUUUAUCAUCAAACACUAAAUUACAGUUAAUGGUAUAGAGGUUAAAGCUAGAGGUAAAACACGUUAUACCCGACCGUUAGUCCUAGUGAUUGGCUUAUUGCUUACAUAUUUAAUGGUUUGUUUUGAAUUACCUUGAUCAUGACAGGAUGUUUUUGUUUUAUUUACACUCUGGUGAAAAGAAGUGCGUUCAGCUGAUACUCAUAGGGCCAAGAUCAUUGGAGACAUAAUUGCAAUUUAUUAGAUAUAUUUAUUUAAAGUUUUUAAGAAUAUUUCUUUUGUAAUUUUGACUUUAUACUAAUACUAUGCUGUAGUAAUUUGGUAUAUUUUUGUCACAAAUAUAAGAACUUUACCACCGAUUAUAACACUGUGUAGUACACUUGUAUUUAUCGUGAUAUUUCCUUUCUUAGCAUGUGCUAUAGCACCCUAUUUUUGUACUACAGUAUAAAUGUUAAAAUCAUUCCCGGUUGUGAGUUGUGACACACAUACAUACAUAUAUAAAAGUUCCUAGUAUAUCAGCACACAUCUAGUUUGUCAUUGCACCAGUCAUUACUAAUUUACUUAAUAAUAUUUAUAUUUCCAUUUUUCAAUUGGUGGGAGUGAAAUCUAUCGAUAUCUAAAUAUCAUUUCAAAAAGGAAACGCAUUGAACAAAGACCUGUAUCAAAAUUAUCAUUAAGUUUUUUUUUGUAAUUUCAUUUCUUGUACAGGUGAAUUAUUGAUUGGCUUUUGAGUGAUACGAUUUUGAAUUAGAAAAGAAGAUGUAAAAUAGAUUAGAAUUUGAGUGUUUCCUAGAUUAGAAGUGUCAGAAUUUAUGGUGAAAAAAUAGCGAAUAAUUAUGAAAUUGUGUGAAUGGAUUAUUAUAGUAAUAUUAUGUGAGAAGUCAGGACCAAAAAAUCCAUUAGUUAAAUAUUUCAGUGUAAUAUAGGUCAAAAGUGAAGAUAUUAUAAAAAAAAACAAGAUGAUAUGGGAAUGUGAGACCUGCAGUAUGUGUCAGUAACAACUCGCCCAAUCUAGCUAUAGUUCCUACGCUACAUUCCAAAAAGCCUCUCCCCCAGUAUCAGCUGAACAAGGUAUGCCGUCCAAUUAUAUACGUGUCAGUCUAUGUACAUGUCACAAAAAUUUAAACAUUUGUCAAUUGUUUAUAACUUACUGUGUGAUUCUUUGUAUCACUAUAAAUUAUGUAUGAAUGGAUAUAUAUAUAUUUUAUGGAAUCGAGAAAAAAAAACAAAUUAUUAGUAUGUGUUGUCGCCUGCAUUCACAGUUUGUCUUGAUUAAAGUACAACACUUGUUAAGA